AUGGAGUCGCCUUCAUACGCUGGCCAAAAGCGCAAAGUCGCUGACGCCGAUAUGAGCUCUGAAGAUGAUGCGCCUCCCACAAACGGCUUCAAGGGAUUCGCAAGAGCUGCCUCCCGAUCUGAGUCACCCCCAUCGAUGGGCGGGUUAGGCAGUGGAAAUCGAAACCCGCGCAACAACAUGUCCAACACACGAGGCGGAGGCGCGUCGCGGGGAGGCAGAGGAGGCAUGGGAGGAGGCGGAAACUCUUUUGCAGCGCGCAUGAUGGCAAAGAUGGGUUACAAGGAGGGACAAGGUCUUGGAACUACUGGUCAGGGUAUUGUCAACCCGAUCGAAGUUCAAGCGCGCCCACAGGGUGCGGGUUUAGGCGCAGUCAGCGAAAAGUCGAAAAAAACCCGCGAGGAAGAGCGACGAACAGCCGCUCAAAAGGGCGAGAUCCUCGAAGACAGUUCCGAAGAUGAACGCCAACGACGACGCAAGAAGAAGGAGGAGCGCAAGACACAAAGCCGAAGCGGCACCGGUACACCAAUCCAGCGGGCUAAGCCCAAGUUCCGGACAGCCCGCGAGAUGGAGGAUGAUAUGGAGGGACUUGAAGUGCCCAAUGUUCUGAAAUCGCUUGUCGAUGCUACCGGAAAGGAACAACGCGUUAUCACGUCCACCGCUGGCUUGAUGUCAAGACAAGAAUUCGUCAGCCAGGAGGAAGGAGAAGCACUGAAGAUUGCUCGGAGGGCUCGAAAUGAUCUAGAAGCAUUUGCAGACGAAUGGAAAGGUCUGACCGAGAGGAAGAAGUUCAUUGAGCUUGAAGAGGCUCAAGUCGUGGACGAACUGGACGCAUAUCAAUCUCGAGUCAACCAUCUAACGGGCUUAAUCGCCGCAGUGGAAGAGCUGGACCUUUUCGAACACGAGGAAAGCGUCACAUCCAAGUUGAAUGAGAUGACUGACAAACUUGAAGCUAUGGAAACCCAAUAUAGCGAUGCAAUUGACGAACAUCGCCUGCCAGAGACUGCAGUCGCUGCUCUGCACCCGCUAUUCAGGCAGGCGAUGGAGGAAUGGGAGCCUCUUGAAGAUCCAAACUUCCUCGUUUCCAAUCUCACUCGUCUCCAGCCCCUUCUCAAUCGCCAGCCGACUAAAGACGAACCGCGAAAGCGGUCAUCCACGUCCCCUUACGAAACAAUGAUCUAUACACUUUGGCUCCCACGAGUGCGCUCAGCACUUUUGAAUGACUGGGACGUCUACGAUCCAUCCAAGGCAACCGCGCUGGUCGUGGCCUGGAAAUCGAUCGUGCCACCUUUUGUCUAUGCAAAUGUCCUCGACCAAUUGGUCGUUCCGAAACUGGGUGUAGCUUUGAAAAAUUGGAAACCCCGGAGUAGCCGACGACAUGGUGCUUCCCAGCAAGACGGCAAGUUCCCUUGGUGGCUGUUCACAUGGCUGCAGCACUUGGGUGAUAGACACACAAACCCCAAACAGCCCACAGGUCUCAUGUCUGACGCAAAGAGGAAGUUCCGCGUGGUGUUGGACACAUGGAGUUUACGCAAGGGACUAAUUGACGGCAUCGAGCUCUGGCGAGAUGCGCUCGGGUCUGAAUUUGACGUGUGCCUACGCAACCACCUGCUACCGCGCCUUGCGCGUCACCUCCGCGAACAUUUCAUCGUGAAUCCACAAGAUCAAGAACUCACCGUCCUCGAAGAUGUACUCCGCUGGAAGCCAUUCUUCCAACCAAAUGUGAUUGGACUACUCCUAGUCUCCGACUUCUUCCCGAAGUGGCACGAAAUCCUCUACAUCUGGCUCACGAACGACCCGAACUACGAGGAAGUUGGCGCCUGGUUCUCCUGGUGGCGCACUCAGAUUCCCGCAGAAGUCAACGAACUCACCAUCGUCGACGAAGAAUGGAAGAAGGGUCUUCAGACCAUGGAUCUUGCUUCCCAACUGGGAGACCGCGCCGGUACAGAACUUCCCCGUCCGACCAGUACACAGACUCAGCUUCCAACCCGGGAAGACCGGGUUGCCGAAGCCACCGCCGCCGCCGCAGCAGCAACUGCUGAACCCCGCAAGGCCCCUAUCGUGGAAGAAGUCGCCUUCAAGGACAUUCUUGAGAACUGGUGUUUGGAGCAAGGACUUAUCAUGCUGUCGUUGCGCGAGGCUCACCCGCAAAAUGGACAGCCGCUUUUCCGUAUCACGGCCAGUGCGACGGGCAAAGGUGGUGUUGUGGCCUUUGUCCAAGGCGAUGUGGUUUGGGUGCAAAAUAAAAAAGCCAAGGAGAUCUGGGAGCCGAUGGGGCUGGAGGAUCAGUUGGUUGAUCGUGCGGAGGGCAAAUAA